UCCACCCUCAACCCCUGCAGUGACCAUGCUAUUUCAAUUCCUGAACCUUCAACACCUGAAGGUUGAAGGAUUUAGGGGAAGAAUGUGAGGCUGGAAAACUUGGCUCCUCCAUGUACAGUUUAGUGACCUUGGCUAAGUCACUUCACCUCUGACUCAGUUCUCUUAUCUGUUAAAUGGGAAUAGUAACAAUUAUAUAUGCCUCACAGAAUUAGUGUGAGGUUGACAUUGUGUAAAAGUUGAGUUUUUGGAUGAGUCUUUUUUUGAGCAUUCGGAAGUGGAUGUGAGGACUUAGGGAUAAUUGAAAGACUAUUGAAGCAUAUAACUAUCUGCAGGGCCCAUAAAAAAUGCAUUAAAUGGUAACUGGGUAAUGGUGAUCUAAGGUAGAUUAGAAAAUAUGAAUCUCUACAGAAUUUGUACCUGAUGUUGGCACCCUUUGCAUGGAAGUGAAGAAAGUGGUAUGCCUCCAAAAGAAAAAAUAUAGUAUAAGCUUCAGGCCCUAUACAACUGAAUCUACUACCAGUGGCGAGGUGGAAUCAGUGGAAGGUUGUCGGCAAGGGGGUUUGCGAAUUAAAAAGAUGGUGAGUUCAAAUUGGAGUCGUUGCUGGAUGAGAGCAUCAGAGGACAGGCACAAGAAGAGAUGAAGAGCAGAUUUGGUGGGACUGAGAAAGCAAAGAGGAGUCAGUGUGUGAGGCUGUGAAGACAAGGAAUCCUGGGUGAUCAGGAAAGAAAAAAUCCUGUUUGCUGUUUGGAAAAUGGACUGGAAAAGAGAAAGAAGUGGGAGUCCAUGUAGAAAACUGUUGGCAGAAGCCCAGAGUAUUUUCAAACCAGUGCCUGGGGCCAACCAGAACGCUGAGUGACCCCGGUGUCUGGGUGGAAACCUGAGCUGGGAGAAGGAAGACGCCCGUGGAAGGAAAUUACAGGGGAUAACAGUAUGGAAAAGAAAGCCCAGGACAGCAGAAAAGGUGCCCCCCACAGAGCAGUGCCCCCAGCUGUGGGGCUGCUCUUCUCCAUGGCCCUCAUGAACACGCUCCUCUACUUCUGCCUUGAUUGGUUUUUCAUCUCCCGUCCACGCUCUGCUCCCAGCUCUGCUCACUGUCCCCACGGACACUUCAGAAUGGGACAGAUGAAAAACUGUUCACCGUGGCUGUCCUGCGAGGAGCUGAGGACCGAAGUGAGGCAGUUGAAGCGUGUUGGAGAAGGAGCUGUGAAGAGAGUCUUUCUGUCUGAGUGGAAGGAACGCAAAGUCGCGCUGUCACGGCUCACCAGUCUGGAGAUGAAAGAUGAUUUCCUGCAUGGGCUGCGGAUGCUGAAAACCCUGCAGAGUAAACAUGUUGUCACCUUGCUUGGAUACUGUGAGGAGGACAACACUAUUCUUACCGAAUAUCACCCCUUAGGUUCCUUGAGCAAUCUGGAAGAAACGCUCAACCUUUCCAAGUACCACAGUGUGAACACGUGGCAGCACAGGCUUCAGCUGGCCAUGAAUUACGUGGCCAUCAUCCACUACCUGCACCACAGCCCCCUGGGCACCCUGGUCAUGUGCGAUUCCAGUGACCUGCCCAAGACCUUGUCCCAGUAUCUGCUGACGAGCAACUUCAGCAUUGUGGUAAACGACCUGGACGCCUUGCCCCUGGUGAACCACAGCUCAAGGACGUUUGUGAAGUGUGGCCAUAGGGAGCUUCACGGGGACUUUGUGGCUCCAGAGCAGCUGUGGCCCUAUGGAGAAGACAUGCCUUUUGACGAUGAUCUCAUGCCCUCAUAUGAUGAGAAGAUCGACAUCUGGAAGAUUCCAGAUGUCUCUAGUUUCCUUUUGGGGCACGUUGAAGGAAGUGAUAUGGUCCGAUUUCAUUUGUUUGAUAUUCAUAAGGCAUGUAAGAGCCAGACUCCUGCAGAAAGACCCACUGCUCGGGAAAUUCUAGACACUUAUGAGAAGGUUUUGAAUCUGCUCAGAGAAACUGUGAUGUCCCAGACAAGAGAAAUGCUAUGAAAACCAUUCAGUCAGUGAAGAAUGGGUUUCAAAGAACAAAUGGAAUCAUUAUAGCAAUUCUUACUCUAAUGGUGAGUUUUUUGCUGUUCAGUGUGUGGUUCUUCCUCUGUAUCCACAUCAACAUGCACGUGUGAGCGUUGCUUAUCCCCUGGUGGGACCUGGGCAGAUGCCUCACCUUCUCACACUGAUCACUCCUGCUGAACUUGAGAAGCAGUGGACCUAGCCAUAUCUGAAGGAGGUAACAAAAAUGUCACCACAUAGGGGCUUCACCUGCCCUAAUUACUGAAUUUGUAAACUUGUAAGAAACAUAAAGAAAAGAUCCCUAAAUGGCAGGAUAUGAAAGAAAUGUACAGUGGUUUUCCAAAGAAGUUUUUUUCCUCAUUUUUUUAGAUAAUAGUCAACAUUACCAGGGUCAUGGGAGUAUUUGUGGCCUGUCAACAUCACAUGGUGUUGAUGAGGCCAUCUUUACUGUUUUAAAUGAUUGUUUAAAUGUUUACUUUAAUGAAUGUGAAGCUCUUGUGCCAUCCUCUUUCCAAAAAUCUAAAGGAGAACUAUGAUAGCUUGCUCUUUGAAAUUUUGAAUGGACAAGGAAUAUUUAGAACAGUAAGUAUGAGGGAAAUUGUAUUUAUGUUACUGCCUUGGAUGGUGUUUGUGAAAUUCCUAUUUACCUUCCAGCUAGGUUUUCUGUGUCCAAAAUAAAUUAUUGUGAAUAGUUUACAUCAAC